AUGUUAAAAUUACUUCAAAUAAUAGCCAAAGAAAAAUUUCAACUUCUUCGGAAACAUGUUGAUCGCAAAGCAUGGGAUUCUUCUCCACCGACUACUGUUAAUGCUUGGUAUGACCGAUUAACAAAUCAAAUUACUUUUCCAGCUGGUUAUCUACAAAUGCCAUUCUUUGAUAAAGAUGCACCAAAAUAUUUGAAUUAUGGUGGUAUUGGAUAUGUCAUUGGACAUGAAAUAACUCAUGGAUUUGAUGAUACUGGUCGUCAGUUUGAUAAAGAUGGAAAUCGAAUCCCAUGGUGGAGAGAAGAAACAAUAGAAAAAUUUAUUGAACGUAAAACAUGUAUUGUUGAUCAAUAUAGUAAUUUUACUGUACCAAAUCUUAAUAUCAAUGCAAAUGGAGACAAAACACAAGAUGAAGAUAUUGCUGAUAAUGGUGGAUUACGUGUAGCUUUUUAUGCUUAUCAAAAGCUCAUAAAAGCUAAUCCAAAUGCUGAUAAAAGACUUAAGGGUCUUUCAAAGUAUUCACCUAAACAAAUGUUUUUUAUAAACUAUGCAUAUACACGGUGUGCAAAAAUGACCGAUGCAUCUGCACGUAAUUAUGUUGUUUCCGAUGAUCAUUCAUUAGGACAAUUUAGAGUCAAUGGUCCUACAUCAAACUUUGUUGAAUUUGAUCGAGCAUUCAAUUGUAAACCAGGUCAACGAAAUAGUCGAGUGAAUAAAUGUACUGUAUGGUAA